GCAAACCCUAUGAACGUGGUAGUCCCGUAGUGAAUAGCUGCGCAAGACAGAAGUUUUACAGGUUCAAAUCUCAUCUGCGUGUUGAACUUGACUACACUUAUCCGUCCAACUUACCUCAUUACGUUGCAAUGCGGAACUCUCUGGUACAGUUGCCCGACCGUCAAGCAAACACAUUUCUAAAUGUUGGUGAUCUUUUGUUUUAUUGUGCCCGUGCGUUUAGCAUAAAAGGUUCAUUAGAUUUGGUGAGACGUUGUUUCAAGAUUAGUAAAUUGCCUGAGAGAAUUUGGUUUGAUGUCGGACCAUUUGUUGAACAGAUUAUAGCAUACACAAAUCCACUUGGCAUAUUGUUCGGUUUGGGAGCAAAUGGUGGAGGUGUAAUGAUGAGUAAGGAUUUGGGAAGAACAUGGAUAUCAAUCAACCCAUUCAUGUAUCAAAACAAUUUGAAUACGUCGACUGAAAUCAUCACAGCAAGUGUCGUACCAUGGAUUUCAUCAACUGGAUCAAUUGACAACACACUGUUUGAGUCCUUUUGCAAGAUGCGAGUGGCUGAACAAUGGAAUGUUUGCAUCAACCAAAUCUAUGCCAACCAAAUGCUGUUAGCUAAUUGGACUUACACAUGCCCGAAAAUCAAGCUGUUUUAACCAAUCAAUUAUCUGGACCGGAAAUACGAACAUAGCUUAAACACUGGUGAAUUUAAGUCGUGUUAGAUUCAGGUUGUAUACGAUUAUGUAUUUGUCAGCGAAUUUCUAUUCAAACUGUUAUCUCAUUAUUCAUCGAACAAUUUACCUAUUUUUAAUCAACUAUAUGCUUGUGAAACUUCAAUUUCUUUUGCUUUGAUGAAAACGAAUAUCAUUUGAGUACCAAAACAGUUGAAAAUCAAGACAUUUGGUCAGUUACUCGCCAAUUUUAGAACAGAAUUUCGAAGUGUGUUCGGUAUCAGUGAAUAGUUUGCUAAAUUUUAAAAUUCAUGGUGAUGUAAUGUAAAGAUUUGUAAAAGUGCUAAGCAAAAUGACUCCACGAUUGAUGGUAGGCCUAGAUUAGAUCCUCUGUCGUGGAAUGACGGCACAAAAUCCAUGCAUUUGAGUAAAUGCUUUACUUAAUGAGUGAAGAUUUAUUAUUAUUAUUAUUAUUAUUGUUAUUAUUUUUAUUAUACUGUUUUAAAGUCACUAUAAUUACAAAAAGAAAA